CUCCCUCCUUUCAGAAUAGUACUCCCCCGGGGCUGGGGAGCCCAGCCUGGUGGCGCCGAGGUCGGUCGCACGGACCCCUCCCGGUCCCGCGUGGUAGCGCCCGCUUUGUCAGCGCGCUGCGCGGGCCGGUUACCUUCCAGCUCUCGCCGGCCCAUGCAGACGGUUCCGCUGCCGCCACAGCUGCCGCCUCUCCAGCGCCGUUCUUCCGGCCCGCCUGCCAGGACUUCCCCCGCGGGGCUGGGCGAGCAGCAGCCCGGGAGCACCCGCCCGGGUCGCUCGAGAGAGUCCGCCCGCCUCGGCGUCGGUCUCGGCUGGGUUACGCUCCUCAGGCGUGCGAGGGGCCUUGGCGGUUGUGGCGGCGGCGCCCGGCAUGUAUCAGAGCCCGCGGCGACUCUGCUCCGCCCUGCUGCAGAGGGACGCGCCCGGCCUGCGCCGCCUGCCCGCUCCCGGGCUGCGCCUCCAGUCGCCCCCGCCGGCGGCUGCCCCUCGGCCCGCAUCCCCCCGGCUCCUGGCGGCGGCCGCCGCCAGGACGUGUGUCCGGCCAGUCCAGUUGGUGUUGGUCAUUCUGGGCUGAUGAUCUCAGCGUGCUCCAUGGGAAACAGUACAAGCAGACUCUAUAGUGCUCUCGCCAAGACCCUGAACAGCAGCGCUACCUCCCAGCACCCGGAGUAUCUGGUAUCACCUGACCCAGAACAUCUGGAUCCCAUUGAUCCUAAAGAGCUCCUGGAGGAAUGCAGGGCUGUACUGCACACUCGACCUCCCCGCUUCCAGAGGGAUUUUGUGGAUCUGAGGACAGAAUGUCCCAGUAGCCACCCACCUAUCAGGGUCAUGCAGUGGAACAUCCUCGCCCAAGCUCUUGGAGAAGGCAAAGAUGACUUUGUACAGUGCCCUGUUGAAGCACUCAAGUGGGAAGAAAGGAAAUGUCUCAUCCUAGAAGAAAUCCUAGCCUACCAGCCUGAUAUAUUGUGCCUCCAAGAGGUGGACCACUAUUUUGACACCUUCCAACCACUUCUCAGCAGACUGAGCUAUCAAGGCACAUUUUUCCCCAAACCCUGGUCACCUUGUCUAGAUGUAGAGCACAACAAUGGACCAGAUGGCUGUGCUUUGUUUUUUCUCCAGAACCGAUUCAAGCUGGUCAAUAGUGCCAAUAUUAGGCUGACGGCCAUGACAUUGAAAACCAAUCAGGUGGCCAUUGCACAGACCCUAGAGUGCAAGGAUUCCGGUCGGCAGUUCUGCAUCGCUGUCACCCACUUAAAAGCACGUACUGGCUGGGAGCGAUUUCGAUCUGCUCAAGGUUGUGACCUUCUCCAGAACUUGCAGAACAUCACCCAUGGAGCUGAGAUUCCCCUUAUUGUUUGUGGGGACUUUAAUGCAGAGCCAACAGAGGAGGUCUACAAACACUUUGCUUCCUCCAGCCUCAACUUGAACAGCGCCUACAAGCUUCUGAGUGCUGACGGGCAGUCGGAACCUCCAUAUACCACCUGGAAGAUCCGGACCUCAGGGGAGAGCCGGCACACCCUGGAUUAUAUCUGGUAUUCUAAACAUGCUCUAAGUGUGAGGUCAGCACUUGACUUACUCACUGAAGAACAGAUUGGACCCAACCGGCUACCAUCCUUCAAUUAUCCUUCAGACCAUCUGUCUCUAGUGUGUGACUUCAGCUUUAAUGAGGACCCUGAUGGACUUCUGUAAAAACUUUCUGCAUCAUUUUAAUCACAAGAGUCUUAACCAGGGAUAUUUCAGGAACCUGAAAUAGGAUAAGUUGCCUGAGGAUUUCCAGUUUCUCUCGCUUCAUUUUCCAUGUUAGCAUGCCCUUGGGAAGGAAUGCCAUUAGCUCACAAACUUCCCCUUAAAACCUACAGCAGAAAAGGUGUUUGCACUCCAGUUUUGGCUUGUAUGUUUUCUUUCCCUUAGCAUUAUAUUUUGAUCAUUUGAGGGCAUUAAAUUAGGCUUUUUUGAAGCUUUUUCAGUGUGAGGAUGCUAUAGGAAAACAGACUUGCCUGAGUCCUUCAUAAUUAAUAAGUAUACAGAAGCAAUUUCUCUAGGCAGUAUUUCAAGUUAUUUAUUUGUGGAUUUUUAAAUGUCAACAAGAUAUGCAUGGUGAUAUUUAUUUUUUAUAUCUUCACGUAUAAUUAAGUAAAUGAAAGAAUUAUGAACAUUUUAAAACCGUGCAAAACAUAAGUUAAGAGUAAUUUAUAGUAAGAAGCUUGAAGAUGUUUUUAUUUGGAGUCUAGCAAAGUAUAGGUGUACCAAGGAACUAUUUAGCCUGGAUGGGUUUGUUUUUUGUUAUUUAAGUGGAAAUACCAGCUCUUGAUACAUUCUUCAUAAAUAAUCCUUCCUGUGACUCCAUGUUCCCCAUUAUUGUUUCUUGAAGAGAUUCCAGGGUCUAUCAGUCUUCAUUUAAUCACUGUUGUGCAUUUACAGCUUCCCAUUGGAAUGUUACUGGUGUACAUGUGUGGUAACUCAGUGUCAUUAUUAUUUGUCUUGGACUGUGCUUUUCACAAUAGGUUAUUUAGUUGCUGUUAUGUAGCUAAGAAACUCAGUGGUACCUUUUCAGAGAUGAGAAACUAGAAAACCUGUUAAUGAGUCUGUCACUGAAAUUUCCUAAGCUAGAAAGUGACUGGUUCAAAACAUCUAGAAAGAAGAAUGUAAAAAGUCAGCUCACUUGGAAUUCUCUUCCAUCAGAAAUAAAAGUGGUAAAGAUAACAUGUGAAGCCCCUCCCAAAGAAAAUCCCAACAAAUAACCUGUUGGUAAUAAAUUGAUAAAUGUUUUAAUCUAUGAGUUGUAAAUAUUUGAGAUUAAUAAAUGGUCUUUUAAAGCUA